AUGCCUCGAGGUGGCUGCCUCUGCGGAAAGAUCCGCAUUGCCUACUAUGGGGAGCCCAAUGCCAAGAUCAUAUGCCAUUGCACGGACUGCCGCAAAAUUAGCGGGUCGACGUACGGGGUUGAUCUCCUCAUCCCUACCGACCGAUUCUUUGUGACCGCAGGCGAUGUACGCAAAUACCAGAAGCCGGCAGACUCAGGACGCAUCCUGACAUCUCACUUCUGCGGCGAUUGCGGCACGACGCUCUUUCGGGAGUGCUACGACGACCCCUCUGCUUUCGGGGGCGCAGUUAUUGUCAAGUUGGGCGUCCUUGAUGGCGAACAACGCAGCGUGCUUGACGAUGCUAAGCCAACCGCUGAGCUCUUCGUUGGGCAACGGGUUGGAUGGGUGGCACCCAUUGAGGGCGCCGAGCAAAGAGCAGGGAUGCGCUGA